CUUCGGCAAUUUACCUGGUUGUCUCGAUCGCGCGAUCCACAUAUAGAAACACACAUAAAAACCCUCGGAACACUUCGAUUAACAUGCCUCAUGAAUAGCAAUAAGAGAGUACCGCACUUCAAAAACUAAGAAUCGCAUGGUUCAGCUUUGAGAAAGAUGCUGGAACUCCCGAUUGAGCCCUCGGGCAUCUUCUGGCAAGACAAUUUCAUCACACCAGAGCAUGAGCGGGAACUCAUCAACAUAUUUCGCAACAAACUAGAAUGGCCAGACCGCACAGGCAGAAUAUCACUUCACUUCGGCUAUACAUUCGACUACAAGACUUUUGGUGUGGACCCCGACAUUCCCUUCAAGCCAUUUCCAGACUGGCUCCAGCCACUCAUCCCUACCAGAGAGGGACGACCUCCGGAGCAAGUAUGCUUACAACAUUAUCCGCCCGGAUCUGGGAUUCCGCCCCAUGUAGACACGCACUCUGCGUAUGACCAGCUUUACGCUUUGUCUCUCGGCUCGCCAGUCACUAUGCAGUUCCAAAAGGGCGAGCAGCGAGUCGACGUCGACUUGACUCCGCGUAGUAUGAUGCAGAUGUCGGGAGAUUCCAGACUGCACUGGACGCAUGGGAUCAGAAAGCGAAAGACGGACACGUUACCAGAUGGCACGGUGAGGAAACGCGAGGACCGGUGGAGCAUCACGUAUCGAUGGCUGAGAGAGGGCGGAGAGUGCGACUGUGGGAACGAGCAGCUGUGCGAUGCGGCUCAGAAGAAACUUGGCGUUGAAAAGGGGUAUCGCUGGAAGCAGCAGCAGGAGGAAGCGAACGAUUCUGGCACGCUUCAGGAGCCGGAAGUAUAGUAAAGGGGCGGGGACGAAGACAGCACGAAGUGCCCAGCUUAAUGCAGGUUUAAGGUUGAAGUCACAUCAGAACUUAGGUUUUAUAUACGCCAUCUAUUGAGAAUUUCACUACUUGCCUUCUGUGAAUUCGUUAGUUUGGAAGU